UCACGCAUUCGCUUCGAAAAUAUCGCGUUCCUAACUCUAUUCCACUGUGCUUUAUUGUAAAACUCGACCAUUUGCGUUCAGAAUGGCACAACUAUAGUUCCUACGCAAUCCCUAUAAGUACAAAUUAACCCCUUUCGUUAUUAUGGAUUGAUGCAGGUCAUACUUUAUUCAGAAAACAGGCAGCAAUUCACUCAACAACUAUGGGAGAACUGCAAAUCGUUGCCACCUUAUUAAUGAUAGCAAUUAUCCUGGUAGUGGUUCUGAUGCUCUGUCAUUCGCUUGAUAUAUGGCCUCGACUGACGGCAUGGAUUUUCUCCAACACCGAAGAGAAAAUUGGACUGACGAAAUUGAAAGGACUGUACAAUGCAAAUGGAUAUUUGGUGCGGUCUACUUCGGAUUUGAAGUUGUUUGCUAGUGGAAGCUUUAAGAGAUUCGAUUCCGUUGACAGGGAUUUUAGGGAAACACUCGUAACUACGAACCUGACAGAGAAAUGGAAAGCUGGGGACGAAAAUAACCCUAUGCCACCACCCUUCACCCUACAACCAAGUGCAACAUCAAACACGCUAUCGAAGGAUUCGACGAUCCCCAUUCUGAAGACUUCCACAGGUGAAAACUCCUUUCUUUUCGUAAGUAUUCUGGAAGCAAAAGAGUUGCUAGGUUCAAACAAAGAAGACAUCCUUUUGGACACUUACGUUAGGGUGUUCCUAUUGCCGGAUAAAAUAUCAAACGCACAAACGAAAAUCUACAAAGACUCCCGUAAUCCAAGCUAUAAGGAGAGGUUUCUCUUCGAACUGCACCCCAGGGAGCAAUGCCAAAAGUCCUUAUGUUUCCAAGUGUAUUCCACGAGCAACCUGUCGCAUACACUAAUAGGCGAAGGUGAAUUCAAACUAAACGACGCAAGUUUACGACAACCUGUCACCACCUGGGUCACUCUUACAGACACUGGUCAGAGAACAUCGGAAUUUGGCGAAAUUUUUUUCUCACUCAGUUACCUACCAACUGCAGAGAGAUUGACUGUAGUUGUGGUAAAAGCGAGACACUUAAAGUUUCAAAAUGAAAGAGAAGCAGGGGACCCAUUUGUAAAAGUGUACCUCUUACAAAACGGUAAAAAAGUUAGUAAAAAGAAAACGACUACGAAGAAAGGCGAGAGGUGCCCUAUAUUUAAUGAAUCGAUAAUAUUUAACGUACCUGCUCACGUACUUCAGACAAUCCAAUUACGUUUAACAGUAUCAGAAGCAAUAUCAAAUGAGAAUAACAGUUCACAAUCAGUGGUGGGUCAUGUUAUUGUCGGGGCGCAAGCCACUGGUAGACCCUUAACUCAUUGGACACAAAUGCUUGCAACCCUCAGAAAACCCGUCGCGAUGUGGCAUCCUUUAAGAAAGUAGAACAAAACCCACCCUUUAUAUUACUAACUGUCAUUGGAGGUGUUUGUUAUAGAAUUGAGAAAAUCCCGCUUUAUUUUUAAUACGAAAGUAAAAUAAUAAAACUCUUGUAAACAGUAGCGUUUUAUACUUGUAAAACAAAAUGACCGAAAGUAACUUUUGUUGAAAUUAAAGAUAAUAGAUAUUGAUGAAGAAAGGUGCAUACGUACUUAUUGUCUUGGAAAACAUUAGGGGAAGGUUAGGUUCGGUUAUGUGCCUGCUAUUUGUUGAUUAAAACCAAGAUCCAAUAAAAGAAGAAAUAUAUCUAAAUACAUACGUUGAUGUCAACAUUUUCUUUGAUCAGUAAACAGUUUGUUUCUGUAUUUUCUCUAAUCUAAGGUUCUAAUAAUGCCAAAAAAGUUAUAUUAAGGAUAAUUCAAAGUAUCAUGAACCGCGAAAUCCGUUUAACAAUGACGGCUAAUGUUUUUAUGAGGUAGAAAUCAAUGAAGGUCAUGGCCCAUGAGAUUCUGAAUUACCUUUAUGCGUAAUAUUAUAAGUAAUUGCUAUUCAUAUCAACAAUUUUUAUCACCAAUUGUCAUUUGUGUGAUAUAUGGCUUUCAUCUAAAAAUAAAAAAUAAAAUGAACUAAAGUUUGAAAUUAACUUUUAGUUCAUUCUGUGAUACAGAUUCCAGGAAAAAAUGUAGUAAUAAAAAAGGCAACAGAAAUUUAAAACUGUAAAAUUUAAUGAGAAAAGAGGAGAUGUGAGUAAUAUUUAAUUGUUAGACUUUAAAUUAGGUGUUUACUUAUUUUAAAAUAAAAUUAAGUGCGGAAAAAAAGAGCUACAGUAUUUUCUUCUCCUUAAACCCAUUUUAGUAGUUACAUUUAUCUAUUUUACUGUCGAAAAAGUUCGUCUAAUUAUAAAAGGUGGCCUAAAUAUGCUAAUAAUUACCAGCCAAUCAAAAGUUAAUAUAAAAUUGAGUAAAAUUAUUCAAAAUUGCAUUAUUUCAUCGAGUAACAUAACAUGCUCAGAGAAAGAUAAAACAAAUCACAUCGGAGACAAUAAUACUAAUAAUAAUAAAAAUAAUCAUGAAAAAUAUUUAAUGUUACUGCUUAUUUCUGUGAUAAAUGGGGCACAUAAGGUAAUUGUUACUGUUUCUAAACGUUUGUUGUUGACUGUUUAAAUCUGAACAUUGCCAUUAUCGAUGGUUCUUUCAUAUAGGAAGCAAAAGUCGUAAAUAUACCUAUCUACUUAAACAUUCCAUUCCUUCAAUGUGUUAAACGAUUAAUGAAUCAGUUCAUACAUUGAUGUAAGGUAAUUCAUUGAAAUUCCCCAUUUUUUCAUAUUCAUAUCCUUAUAAAUGUACACCAUGUUUCAUCUUUAGUCAUAUCAUCAUUUUUUAUACUUUAUAACUUUCUACCUUAAGGACCUAUAUGUAUAAUAAUUUCUUUUAAGUUUUUUCAAACUGAAAUUUUUUAAAAGUUUUGAUGAAACGUUUAUUAACUGUUUUUCUGUCCUAUAAACGCCAGUCAUUACUUAUUUGUAAUAAAAUAGUAGAACAUUAUGCAUAUUUACAAAAUAAAGUCGUCGAAUAACGAAAAUUGUAAACAGCAAAUG